UAUUAACAGGAAUGUUUAAAAACAUUUCUUGUUAGAUAAGGAUAGAGUGCUUUCUUUGGAUGGCGAAUCUAUAGGCGUGCAGUGAUUACGUCAUAUAAAUUCUUUUGCUGUUCCACCAAUGAAAUAUCCUUUUGUAGCAACCACUAUCCAAUGGCGACAGCCCUUACAAAGAACCACUUCCGGUCUGGUCAUCCACACAAAUGUCCACGUUUUUCAUUCCAUCUACGAAGCCGCGGCUGCUUUACGUCCGGUGUGAUUAGUUGAAAGUUGAGAGUUCGAAACAUCUGUGAAACUAUUUUUUUUACUUUUAUAUCUCGGCUCCUGGGCUCCUUUGUUAUUAUUUGCGUUUUAGAUAUACUUCGACAGGAGGCGCUAGUCAGCUGUCAAGCUCCGACAUUCUCUUCCCCCCUUUCUCCUCCUAUCCCUCUUUUCACUCUCGGUAUUAGCCUGCUAACUCAACCGGGCGACUCUCCCUCUGCCCCCGUACUAGCACCGUCAACAUGCCGGAGUACCUGGACGACCCGUCUGUGCUCACCAAGGACAAGCUGAAGAGCGAGCUGCUGGCCCAUAACGUGGAGCUGCCGACCGGCAAUCCGACCAAGGACGUGUACGUGCAGCUGUACCUGACGAACCUGACCUCUCAGAACAAAAAACAUGCCGGGGACAUAGCCACCACUUGGGACGCCUUCUCCAGCGACGAGGAGCUGCCGCCGCCCGUGGUCUCCAGCAGAAGCCGUUCGUCCGGCAGGAAAGCCACCAGGAAAACGGACAAGGUUCUGCUGGAGGAGCUGGACGUGACCAUGCUGACCGACGAGGGCCUGAGGGACGAGCUGCUGAAGCACGGUGUGGAUGUGGGUCCAGUCGUGGCCUCCACACGUAAACUGUACGAGAAGAAGCUGCAGAAGCUGCUGGACAACGGACCCCUGCCCACUUUAGUCCCAGUGGUGGUCCUCACCGAAGCACAGGUCAACCACAAUGGUCACUCGGAGUCCGACCUGUACAGUGACAAAGAGGACGACGUGAUAACUCCCCCGGAACCAGCGCCUGUACCAGAGCCAGAACCUGAACCUGAACCUGAACUUGAACCAACUCCCGUGGUGGAACGACCUCUGAGGAGUCGAGGGAAGACGCCCGUCACGACCCGCACCCGCAGCAAUCAACGCCAAACUACGCAGGAGCGUGGCCCUGCAGACGUCCAGCUGUCCGGCUGGAGGCAGCAGAAAAUCACCAAAUUCCUGCAUGCACACAGUCCACCGAGGACUCCAUGUUCAACCUCCACACUGUUGGUGCCCCAGGUGGAGAAGAUCACAGCCAGCGAGCAAAACACCAAAGUAAUAGAGAAGGAUGUUCUGAAGGAACUGUUCCCCAUUGAGUUCAACACUCCAACAGGAAUAUCCGCCACCUGUCGGCGACCCAUCAAGGGCGCAGCUGGUCGACCCUUACAGCCCAGCGACCUGUGGAACAACGAAAACAGCCUGUUCUCUCCAAAGAUCACCAGCAGGACCAGCAGCUCCUCCUCUUCCUACACAGAGAGCCGCAUUGUCAACAAAGUCACCAGCCUGCCCCCCUCACACACCUCCUCCUCUUCCCUCUCCUCUUCCUCUUCCCUCGCCUCUUCCUCCAGGCUUCUGUCAGCUACUCCCCCUGCAGGUCAGACCAAAGCAGCGCGCCGUGGCAUGUCCCUGUGGGUCAAGCUGUUCCUGCUGGCCAUCGUGGCGGCGUUCUUGUUCUUUGUCUACCAGGCCAUGGAGAGCAACAGCAUCAACCCUUUCCUCAGCGCAGACAAAGAUGUGUCCAGUGGCAGCGCAGCAUAGAGAGGGUGGAAAUCACCCCAGCUCCUCAUUGUUUUUUUUUUUGUUUUCUUUUUGUUUUUUUUUAAAGUGCGUCUGAAUGGUCGCCGUUGUCACGGGUGCUGUGAAGUUAACGUUUGACGUCAUCAUUCAUCUGUAAUUUAGUUUUUGUUUUGUUUUUUCAUUCCUGUUUCAUACUUUACUGUUAACCAAAUCCAUUAGGAGACUUGGUGAAUCAGCGUCUGUGACACUACACAGGAUCUACAUGACACGUGAAAGGACAGUACCUCCUCCGCUCUUGUCGUUUCGGUCCAACGUCGACCUCUGACCUUUUGGCGUCACCGUCUGUGAGGUCAAAACAAAUCCAGUCGUGAAAUCAUGUGGACUCUUUUAUUACCAGAUUUAUUUUUUAAGGCCAGACAUGGUGUGACUGCAUGAGUGUGCAAGUGUUUGUGUGAAUGAGUAAAAAAUAUUUUUGAACUUUUUUUUUUCUUCUGUAUUUUUGUUCCCACUCUGCCUUAGCUUCUGUCUCUGUCAUUUUAAGAUCCUGCAGAUGGAAUUUUAAUGUUUCAUGUUUUGUACUUGACUAUCUUUGUUAUUGAGACAUAGAGGCUUCUCCUUGUAACCAAAUGCUUCUAAAUCUUCUUAAACUCUUUUUGCCAAUAUUUUCUUAAUGUUCUCUUAUAAUAAAAAUUAAAUGUUCCAGUGUAUCUUUUCAAUUAUGUCAUGUAUUUACUGUCUCAAUAAACAUCUACUUAAUAAACUUCUGUUGUCACUGUGGCUAA